UAAGGGUAGGACAUUUUGUUUACUUUGUGUUUUGUGUGUUUAUAUAACAGUCCUGCAGACUAGUUCACCGAGUGGAACUAUAAUGUUGGAUGUUUUGUGUCUUCCGUCACGGUAAAGUGUCCCUUAUAUCAUAGAGCAGCAGAAGUAAAGUGUACUCGCUGUGAUGUAAAGCAGAGGAGGAGUAUUUACUGCAGCAUUUUCUCCAAACAUCAGGUCUAAUGAGACUCCUCUGACAGCCCAGACAUUCUGCUCGUGUUUCUUCCCUUUAACACCUCUUUAAAGGCGAUAUGUACAAACAGUCAUCGCUAGAUUUAGAUCACAAGCCGACAUCCAAACACCCCGAGACCACCUUCCAGAAGAAUGGGGAGAAGAACAGCCCUAUAAGUGUCAUCCUGGUGAGUUCAGGAAGCCGAGGGAACAAACUGCUGUUCAGAUACCCGUUUGUGAGGGUCAGUGACACCACAUCCUGCACUGCAACAAAACAAAGAAGUCCGUAUGCUCUGAGGACCACAAAUGAUGUCACUGAGGACCAGGAUGGGGAUUCACGAGAGCAAACUCCAUUAACUGAUGAACAGUUGGUAGCAGGAUUUUCAGACAUCAUUCUCGCAACCAUUUUGGCCACCAAGUCAGACAUGUGCGGCAAAAAGUUUGAACUGAAGAUCGAUAAUGUUCGCUUUGUUGGACAUCCUACUCUUUUGCAGACACCACACAACAUUCAGGUUUCCAAAACAGAUCCUUCACCAAAAAGAGAAACGCCAACCAUGAUCUUGUUUAGUGUUGUGUUUGCACUAAGGGCCAAUGCAGACUCAUCAGUGAUAAGCUGCAUGCACAACUUGUCGAGGCGCAUCGCUAUUGCCCUGCAGCAUGAGGAGCGUCGCUGCCAGUACCUCACCAGAGAGGCCAAACUCAUGCUGGCGGUGCAAGAUGAGCUCACCACCAUGACAGAAACGGAUGGCACUCUGCAGUCUCCCUUUCGACAGAUUCUUCCCAAGUGUAAACUGGCAAGAGACCUAAAGGAAGCCUAUGACAGCCUCUGCACAACUGGAGUGGUGCGGAUUCACAUCAACAACUGGCUGGAGGUCAGCUUCUGUCUGCCCCACAAGAUCCAUCGUGUCGGAGGGAACCACAUCCCCCCUGACGCCUUGGAGCGUAGCCUAAAGGCCAUCCGGCCGUACCAUGCCCUGCUGCUGCUGGACAGUGAGAAGGCUCUGCUGGAUCAGCUCCCGCUCGAUUGCUCUCCUGCUCUGUUACGGCUCAUUAAGAUCUGUUCAGCUAUGAAGAACCUCCAGCAGCUGGCACAAGACGCUGACCUGGCUCUCCUGCAGGUCUUUCAGAUAGCUGCGCAGCUGGUCUACUGGGGUAAAGCCAUCAUCGUGUAUCCACUCUGUGAGAACAACGUAUACAUGCUGUCUCCACAUGCCAAUAUAUUUCUGUACUCUCCACUGGCAAAGCAGUUUUCCCAGCAGUUCCCAGGUUACGACCUACCCUCCGUCUUAGCCAAGUUCUCUCUACCUGUAUCUCUGUCCGAGUUCAAGAACCCACUGGACGCUUCUGUACACGAGGCCCAGUUGAUCCAGAUGGUGGUGUGGAUGCUGCAGAGGCGGCUGCUGAUCCAGCUCCACACCUACGCAUGCCUGCUUGUGCCCCCCAGCGAGGAACAGACGUGCCCAGUGGAGGACGAGAUGCCAGUGGUUAACCGCGUAUCCGGACGCAGCCUCAGCACGCCCAACACUCUCAGUUUUGGCUCCCCGACCAGCAGCGACGACAUGACCCUGACGAGCCCCAGCAUGGACAACUCCAGUGCCGAGCUGCUGCCGGGUGGAGAUUCUCCACUCAACAAGAGAAUGACAGAGACGCUCCUGGCCAGCCUGAGCGAACAUGAGCGCCAAGCCAUCCUCAGUGUGCCUGCUGCACAGAACCCUGAUGACCUGCGCAUGUUUGCCAGGUUGCUCCACUACUUCAGAGGGCAUCACCACCUUGAGGAGAUCAUGUACAACGAGAACAUGCGGCGCUCGCAGCUAAAGACUCUCUUUGACAAGUUCCGCAGCGUUUUAGUGGUCACCAACCACGAGGACCCGGUCAUCUCACUGUUCCAAACGCCACCCGAGUAGCACUGACACGAAUAACAGUAUAUUAACUGACCAGAAUAACUGACCUAUAUUAACAUUUUAGCAUUUGGCAGACGCUCUUAUCCAGAGCGACAUUUUUAUCUCAUUAUUCAUUAUUCUGAGCAGAUGAGGGUUAAGGGUGUUAAACACGGACCCAACAACUUGGUGGUGGUGGGGUUUAAACCUGGGACCUUAUGGACUGUAUACCCCAUUAUAUAGUUUUGAUUAGGUGUGUGUGUGCUGGAGAUCCUAACCCACUGUACAAAUGAAGAGAAUGAAGUUGUUCAUAUUAUAAGGCUGGACUGAUUCACUGUAUAAAGCUUUUAUGAUGUAAAGCAUUGUGACGAUGUGGUUUUGUCAGAAGAUGAAGAAGAGUUUAUUAUUCGUAAGCUGUAGUCAUGUGUUUGGGGCCAUUAAAUUAGUAGUUUGUGUUCUUUCCUAUAAGAGGUUAAGAGAUAAUCCCUGAUGUCAUAAAUCAACUGGGUUAAAAAAUAUUGCCCCUUAUUUAUCAUUCCAGGCUCCAGUAAGAAAAACACCUCACUAAGCACAAGACCCACUCCCACACACUCC